AUGGACAGAGUCAUCGCUUCACUAAACACACCUGCACAGGUUCAAGGAAUCCACAAAAUGAGGCCCAGGUUUCUCUGCAUCAGUUUGCCAGCUGGUUUGAUGUUCGGUGUCUUUGUUUUCCUGCUUCGACCAGUUUCCACACAGAAAAUCAGAAAUCAGAUUUAUUUCUUGGAUAAUGAAGGCGACAUUGUGUUAAACAGACCGGACAAUCCUGGGAGUGACACUGUUGUCUGGGAAUGGGAACCACACUCAGGGCGGGGAAAACAGACAGUGGUAUCUCUCCGCUACCAGUACAACGGCACGUGGAGCAAACAGUGGGGCAAUGGCUGGGGAAACACAGACAAGAACCAGGAGGUGGAUGUGGAUGACCAUACUGGUAAUCUGGCAAUAACAAAACCCAGAUUUAAAUGGUCAGGAUUGUUCACUUUGACCGAAACACAUCCGAGGAACCAGAUCCUGAAACAAUAUGAAAUAUAUGGAAUGAAAGUGAAUGAGGUUGGAUCCAACAACUUUGAUCUUCAUGUUUUCCCCAGCGAAAUCUCCAUUGCAGAAUAUUCUAGGCUGCAGGAGUACGUGCUGAGGGUCACACUGAAGAUCAGUGCAGACAAAGCAAAGGCAUUGUGGAAUAAAACUACAGUCCAUGGACCUCCUGCCACCAGAUCCCACCGAGCUAAAUCUAAUGUACAAACCUCUGAAACACUUGAAUCUCAGGAUGCAGCAUGA